AUGCAUCAAGCAGAGAACUUUGAUAGCAAGGACCAUGGAAUAACCCCUGUCAGCAUAAUGUAUGACAUACACCAUGGGCAGAUCGAAAGUGAGAUCCCUGCGACGCAAUACAGAUGCGUAUUGCUGAAAAUUGACUUGGUCGUGAUGCCUCUCAUUGUCAUCGCAAUGACACUGGCAUUCUUGGACAAGAAUGGCCUCGCCUACGCAGCAGUAUAUGGCCUGAAGACAGACACGCAUCUGGUUGGCCAACAAUACAGUUGGCUCGGGAGCAUAUUCUACUUUGGAUACCUCGCCAUGGAGUUCCCAAACCUCUGGCUGAUAACAAAAUUCCCAACUGGCAAAUAUAUGGGAUGUUGUCUCAUGGCGUGGGGCGCAUGUUUAUGUCUACUGGCAGCUUGCCAUAAUUUUGCUGGUCUCGCAGUUGUUCGCCUCUUCUUGGGUGCUUUCGAAGCUGCCUUGCUUCCAUGCUUGUUGCUCAUGAACUCAAAGUGGUAUCGACGGAGUGAGCAGCCUCUACGGACCGCUUUCUGGUACAAUACGUUUGCGGGUGUUUUUGGUGGCAUCUUGAGCUAUGCUAUCGGGCACAUCAAGGGAGAUUUACCCACAUGGAAGUACAUAUUCAUAAUUUAUGGGACUGUGACUAUUCUGGUCGGCAUCUUGGUCAUGUUUGCCUUACCUGAUGGCCCUUCGACCGCCUGGUUCUUAUCAGGUGAAGAAAAGAAAAUUGCACUCUUGCGGGUAUCGGAGAACCAGACUGGACUGGGAUCUCAUAGGGAUAUGAAACCCAGCCAAAUCUUUGACGCCCUAACAGAUCCUAGAUACUACAUACUUAUGAUAUUUGUCAUAGCGCAAUCGAUAACUAACGCAGGAAUCACCAAUUUCAACCCAUUAAUCAUCUCUGGCUUUGGAUUUUCACAAGCCAAGACAACACUGCUCGCUACACCACAGGCUGCAGUUGCAAUGGUUGCCCAGGCACUUUGCACCACUCUUACAUUCUUCGUGCCCAACAUUCGCUGCUUGAUCUGGGUCAUAUCGUCUCUGAUUGCCAUGGCUGGCGCUAUUAUGGUCCAUAUUCUGGAUCCGACUACACAGCGUGCUGCCUCGCUGGCCGGUGUUUACAUAAUGGGAUUCUACAACGUGCCGUGGGUGAUCGCAUUGAGUCUGCAAACAUCCAAUACAAGCGGAACGACAAAGAAGAGCUUCGUCUCAAUCUCGGUAGCUAUAUUUUAUGCUAUUGGGAACAUUAUUGGCCCACAGUUCUUUCUCGGAACCCAGGCACCGCAUUAUCCACUUGGAAUUGGCGCAAUGCUAUGCUGCUUUGCCAUUAUGACAGUAACCGGAAUUUUGUAUUUCAUCUCAUGUCUUAUUUCCAAUCAGCACCGUGAUCGUGUGCAUGGACGAAUCAGUGAGCAGCCCGGUAUGGAUGUUGCGGGGAUUGAAGCGGAUAUGGAUGAUUUAACCGAUAGGGAGAACAAUAGGUUUAGAUAUACAUAUUGA